GCUGCUAAGAUGAAGAAGGAGAAAAAGGAAAAAACCAGCGCUGGCGGCGGAGAUGGUCGCAAAGAGCUUAAUCCCUGGCCGCAGUAUAUCGAGGAGCGCAACGUGCUAUGGGAGAAAUGCAAGGCGGAAUAUUUGGCUGAGCUGGCUGCGAAGCCGCGUGCAGCGAUCAAAGUGACGCUGCCCGAUGGCAAGCAAGUGGAUGCUACCUCUUGGGAGACUACGCCUUACGAUGUGGCACGUGGCAUUAGUCAAGGCCUGGCUGAUAACACUAUCAUCUCGAAGGUGAAUGGCGAAGUUUGGGAUCUGGAUCGUGUGCUAGAGGGCGAUUGCAAUUUGCAGCUGCUUAAGUUCGAUGAUCCCGAUGCACAGGCCGUGUUUUGGCACAGCUCAGCUCACAUUAUGGGUGAAGCCAUGGAGCGCAUCUAUGGCGGUCACUUGUGCUAUGGUCCGCCAAUUGAAAGUGGUUUCUACUACGACAUGCACUUGGAUGGCGAUGGCAUCUCCACCACGGAAUACGGUACCAUGGAGACCCUGAUUAAACAGAUUGUCAAGGAAAAGCAAAACUUUGAGCGUCUGGAGAUGAAGAAAGCUGAUCUGCUCGAAAUGUUCAAAUACAACGAGUUCAAGGUGCGCAUUCUCAAUGAGAAAGUCACCACAGAUCGCACCACAGUCUACAAAUGCGGCUCAUUGAUUGAUUUGUGCCGUGGCCCGCAUGUGCGCCACACUGGCAAAGUCAAGGCACUGAAGAUCACCAAGAACUCGUCGACCUAUUGGGAAGGCAAGGCCGAUGCCGAAACUUUACAGCGCGUCUACGGCAUCUCGUUCCCGGAGCCAAAGCAGCUGAAGGAAUGGGAGAAACUACAAGAGGAGGCAGCCAAGCGUGAUCACCGCAAGAUUGGACGUGAGCAAGAGCUGUUCUUUUUCCAUGAACUGUCGCCCGGUUCGUGCUUCUUUCAGCCACGCGGCGCACAUAUCUACAAUACGUUGAUGAAUCUGAUACGCGGCGAGUACCGAAAGCGUGGCUUCCAGGAGGUCAUCUCGCCCAAUAUCUACAAUGCCAAGCUGUGGAUGACAUCGGGUCAUUGGGAGCAUUAUGCCGACAAUAUGUUCUCCUUUGAGGCAGAAAAGGAAAAGUUUGCGCUCAAGCCAAUGAACUGUCCUGGUCAUUGUCUGAUCUUUGACAAUCGCAAUCGAUCGUGGCGCGAGUUGCCAUUGCGCAUGGCCGACUUUGGUGUGUUGCAUCGUAAUGAACUGUCCGGCGCUUUGACGGGCUUGACACGCGUACGUCGCUUCCAGCAGGACGAUGCGCACAUCUUCUGCGCACCUGAGCAGAUCAAGGGCGAAAUGAAGGGAUGCUUGGACUUUUUGCGUCAUGUCUACACCAUCUUUGGCUUUGACUUCCAACUCGUGUUGUCCACUCGCCCCGAGAAGUAUCUGGGCGAGCUGGAGCAAUGGAAUGCUGCUGAGAAGGCGCUUGCCGAAUCACUCGAUGAGUUUGGCAAGCCAUGGAAAGAGAAUCCCGGCGAUGGCGCCUUCUAUGGACCCAAAAUUGAUAUUACAAUUAUGGAUGCACUGAAGCGUCCCUUCCAAUGCGCAACCAUACAGUUGGAUUUCCAGCUGCCCAUACGUUUCAAUCUCAACUACAUCGCCGACGAUGGCGAAAAGAAACGUCCAGUGAUCAUCCAUCGUGCCAUCCUUGGCUCUGUGGAGCGCAUGAUUGCCAUUCUCACGGAGAACUAUGCUGGCAAAUGGCCAUUCUGGCUAUCGCCACGCCAAGUGAUGGUCGUGCCCGUGGGUCCCGCUUACGAUGAGUAUGCGAAGAGCGUGCGCGAUCAGCUGUAUGCGGCUGGAUUUAUGAGUGAAGCGGAUUGCGAUGCCGGUGACACGAUGAACAAGAAGAUACGAAAUGCUCAGUUGGCACAAUUCAAUUUCAUUCUGGUUGUGGGCGAUAAGGAGCGCUCGUCGACCACGGUGAAUGUGCGCACUCGUGAUAACAAGGUGCAUGGCGAAGUGUCUGUGGCGGAUUUGAUAACCAAGCUGCAAAAGAUACGCGAUGAAUUCAUCACAAACGAAGACAGCUUUUAAAAAGAAAAUUCAUGUACUCUACUAUUUAUAUGUAUAACCAAAAGUUAUAGCUUUUUGCACAGCAAAUGCAAAAUGACCGCGGCAUUUUUUUCAGUUGUAUUUACGCUUUUUACAUUACAAAAAAUCCUCAAAUAAAUAAAGAACCCCCAACAGGGGUAAACCAA